AACCAUGGAGAACCUGCGUAAUGCCAACAGCAGAUUUGCACUCGAUCUGCUCGGAAGGCUUAAUGAGACCAACCCAACAGGAAAUGUUUUCUUCUCUCCUGUCAGUGUCUCCGCUGCUCUGGCCAUGGUCCUUUUAGGAGCCAAAGGUAACACAGAGGCCCAGGUGCUGAAGACACUUCAUUUUGACGAAGUUCAAGAUAUUCAUUCAAGAUUUCAGACUCUGACUACGGAUAUAAACAGAAGCAAUGCUCCCUAUCUCUUACGGCUUGCCAAUCGGCUUUUUGGAGAGAAGUCCUACAGCUUUUUGCCGGAUUUCCUGACUAGUACUCAGAAACUAUAUGGAGCUGAUUUGGCUGCAGUUGAUUUUCUUCAGGCUUAUGAUGAAGCCAGGAAAGAAAUUAACCAGUGGGUAGAGGAGAAAACUGAAGGUAAAAUCCCUAAUCUGCUGUGUGAAGGCUCAGUUGAUAGCAUGACCAAGCUUGUACUGGUGAAUGCUAUUUAUUUCAAAGGGAACUGGGCAGAGAAAUUUAAAGAAGCUGACACCAUUGACAUGCCAUUUCGGUUAAAUAAGAAUGAAAGAAAGACAGUAAAAAUGAUGUAUCAGAAAAACAAAUUUAAUUUUGGGUAUAUCCCCGAAAUGAAGAUUCGUGUUUUAGAGCUGCCUUAUGAUGGAAGAGAACUUAGUAUGAUUGUCCUGUUACCUGAUGACAUUGAGGAUGACUCCACUGGACUGCAGAAGCUGGAAGAGCAGAUUACCUUAGAGAAGCUCCACGAAUGGACAUGCCCAGAGCAUCUAUAUUCCAGUGAUCUUCAUGUACGUUUGCCAAAGUUUAAGCUAGAAGAAAGCUAUGACCUUAAAUCAGAUUUAUCUGCUAUGGGUUUGACGGAUGUAUUUGACAGUGGCAAGGCUGACUUGUCAGGAAUGUCAGGGGCACGCAACCUCUUUCUCUCUAAAAUUGUCCACAAGGCUUUUGUAGAAGUGAACGAGGAAGGCACGGAAGCUGCAGCUGCCACUGCUGGUAUUGCUAUGCUCUGCAUGGUUAUGGAAGAGGAUUUCACUGCUGACCAUCCUUUCCUUUUCUUUAUUCGCCACAACCCAACGCAAAGCAUACUUUUCUUCGGCAGAUAUGCUUCUCCGUAA